AUACAUAAGUAUAUCUACACGUGUGUAUGUGUGUAUAUUUAUAUGUGUAGUGUCGUCUCUUCGUCGACUGUUAAGAAGUGGGAACGUUAGCCUUUAAGUAGUGGUCGACAUUUGGUGGAAGUAAAGAAACUAAGUAGAACUAGACAGAGAGAAGUGGGGUAGCGGCGGGACAUACACACAGACAGACAGACUGGCCGACAUUGCGGAAACUGUGUGUUGGCCAUCGAGCAAGCAGCUUUGAGUCUGGCUUUCGAUGAUAGACCGACACAACCGACCAGACGAGACUCCAUUGGAACAGGACAGAGACUAGAGGCCAUCUUACAUACACACACACGCAUACAUAUACACAUGCAAAUGUAUUUUCAUAGACACACACUCACAUAUAUGAGGAAUACAAACUCUGUGUAAUAGACACACACACGCAGACCGUCAUUCACAAAUGCGUUGAUAAUCAUUCACAUCUACACACCCAUUGUAUGUAUAUAUAUAUAUAUAAUACGCAGUCACACACGUAUGCACUUUUAUGAUGUGCAUACAUAAACUGUUACACAUGUAUAUAUAAAUACACAAAAGUUAUAUAUACAUAUAUAUAUGUAUAUAUUCUACGUACACCCGUUUAUACAUAUUCAACACACUUGUCACUAAGUUGCCCAAGUAAAUAAUACAUUCACAACUUUAAACAUACAUCUCUCUCUCUGUCUCUAUAUAUAUAUCUAUACACAUUUUAUAUAAAUAUAAAACGUUUGACACCAAGAGUUUGUUUUCAAUUGUUUUCAGAAACAGUUUCAGACAAAGAGCUUACAUGUUUACACAAUGAAAUCAUUCUAGAGAUAUACCCGACAUCAAACCCAUUCAACACAGUUUAUGCAGAAAAAUCCUGUACCACCACCUGGCCAACAUGUCCUCGGUAACUGUAUCUGUUAAAGCACGCGGAUAUUGGUCAAUUGUACCUGUGAGGUAAUGAAGGACACUACGCAACAAGUAUGGUUGGUCACUCAGAUGACAUUUGGAUUUUCAAAAACAGAGAACAACAUCAACAACAACCAACAGAUUAUUCCAUCACCACCACUACCAACAACAACAACAACAACAAUAGGCAAUAAGUAUAGUAGUCGUAUAUAUAAUCUAUAACGUAGACAGCUUGGUGUUUAUUUCCUCAUGAUGACAUCUGGGCAGAACAUGGAUAAAAUCGGUGAGAAGAAGGUAUUACAUGGGGGUCUUGGUGGUAAGUCAAGUGUCCUGCAACAUACGAAUGCUCCAUCACACUCACAUGGUAUGUUGACACAUAUGUGUGAUAAGUCGUUUCCCACGACGACAUAUCUGAAUCAGUUUGCAGCUGGGUAUUACCUCCAGCCUCACGGGUUACUUCAUGCCAACCAGAAGGUCUUCCCUGCUGACAUCUACACCAAACAGUUCACCCCAGGGAACUGUUACCUGCAGCCAUUUGAUGCUGCAGCGAUGCAUGCCAUUGAGAAGUCCUCGAAUCAAUGCGCCAAUGCAGUUUGCCAGAAGCAAAUAUCACCACCGACGACAUCGACUACGAAUGUAGUUACAGCAGCAGCUAGAGUACCGCCGCUGCCGCCACCACCACCACCACCACCACCAUCGUCAUCGUCAUCAACUGCAGUUGCAGGAGCAGCAGCUAUAAAAACCACAAUAAAACAACCGAUUGUGCCAUCUUCAUCUCUGUCCUCAUCAUCAACACCAACAAUUACAACAGCAAUUUCCUCCCAGUCUCCGUCACCUUCGAUAUUGUCACAGACCAUGGUGAACCAACCCACAAAACUGCUACCGAGUUUCCGGACUGUUCAGUCAUUUGCAAAACUGUACAGCUGUGACAUUUGCCUGAAACAGUUCACACGUCGAAACACUUUGCAACUGCACCAGAGAAUCCAUACAGGCGAGAAGUUGUUCACCUGCACCUACUGUGCCAAACAGUUUGUCCAUAGGGACAAAUUCCAGAUUCACGAGAGAAUCCACACUGGGGAGAAACCGUUCAGCUGUGGCUAUUGCUCGAAAUGUUUCUCUCGCAAAGACAAGCUAAAGAUUCACGAGAGCUCACACACUGGUGAGAGACCCUACCACUGCAGUUAUUGCCCAAAACAGUUUGUUCAAAGAGAUAAGCUGAAAAUACAUGAAAGAAUUCACACUGGUGAGAAACCUUACAGCUGUGAAUUUUGCCCCAAACAGUUUGCUCGUGGUGACAAGCUACAGUUGCACAGGAGAAUACACACAGGCGAGAAGCUGCUGCAAUGUAGCUACUGCCCCAAACCUUUUGUACAGAAGGACAAGUUAAUUAUACAUGAGAGGACACACACUGGAGAGAAGCCUUUCCACUGCGAGGUAUGUACCAAGCAGUUUGCACGCAGUGACCGACUGCAAAUUCACCGGAGGACACAUACCGGGGAGAAACCUUUUCACUGCGACCUCUGUCCAAAGCAGUUCAUUCAAAGAUGUUAUCUGAACAUACACCGAAGGAUUCAUACCGGCGAGAAACCUUUUCAGUGUGACACAUGUCAGAAGCAGUUUGCAAGGAAAGACAAACUUCAAAUUCAUAUUCGCAGCCACACUGGCGAGAAACCCUACGGCUGCAAUCUGUGUAGUGAGAUGUUCAUGCGCAAGCCUCAACUAAUAUCACACAAAAAACAUGCACAUCCUGCAGAGAUGCAAAUUACUCCAGAAGAACCCAGAAUGUUCUUUUGUGACACCUGCACGAAGCCAUACUCGACAAUCAAUGAACUGCAAAUGCACAGGAAAAUACAUUUGCCCAUUCGUAAUAAUUUUCUAAAACCAACAUCAUGCAAAAAUAUAAAGGAAUAUACACCAAUGAGUACAUUACUGUGGCAAUCCAUCCACCCUUAAUUCACAUGUCAAUCCUUAAACUCUUUUAAUGCAUGUGUGUGAGGAUAUGUGGAUAUACCUUUAUGUCUGUUGAAUGUGUGUGUGUGUGUAUGCAUCUGUAUGUUAGUGUGUAUGCAAUAGAGUUUAUAUAUUCAAUAUAUAUAUAUAUAUAUAUAUAUCUAUGUGUAUGUGUUAUAUACAUAUAUUUACAUAUGUAUGUGCCUGCCUGAGUGUCUGUAAAUAUACAUGCCUGUAUAUGUUUAUACAUAUAUAUACAUUUGUAUGUAUAUGAUAGUCUUUCAUGUUGAGAACAAUAUAUAUAUAUAUAUAUAUAUAUAUAUACCUGUGUGUGUGAUUGUAUCUAGAGACAUAUUUAGAAACAAUUUUAUAGUCCAUCCAUUCCUAGAGUGAGCUUCCCUACACUGGAGCUGAUCCCUAAUGUAUAAACGGAGAAAUUUGUAAAACUACUUACAUUUAUAAAAAUUUAUAUAUAACAAAACAUUUUUCCCAAA